GUUGGAAACUUUGGGGGCCGAUGAUGAUAGGAAUAUGAUUGAAUCUUGUGAUGAGUCAAGUUCCGCUGAUGAAGUUACUCCAUUAGGUGACACUCAAACUGAAGCAGUGGAAAAAAGACCAGCUACUAAGCAUAGGCAUGAUAGGACUCCAAAUACGAAAAGGAGGAGGAGCAAGUCUAAUGAUUGGUCAAUGGCAUUCAAGGCAAUUCAAGAUAUGAGUAAAUCAAGGGUAGAACAGGAUGCGAGCAUGUCCACUGCUUCAACCCAAAAUGUGGAAUAGAUGUACGGGAUUACUAGGGCCAUGGAGGUGCUUGAGUCAGGAUAUGAGUUAGAUGAAGCACUAUACGAGAAAGCACUUCGGAAGUUAAUGGCUGACCCGCAAUGGAGAGAAGCAUUAAUUUCAUGCCCUCCUCAUCGGAUGUCAAUACUCCUUCGUACCCUUCAGUAGUUUGCUUCUUGAAAAGUUCUUUUAAUUAGAUAGAUUGAUAACUCUACUUGGAUUGUGCCUUGACCCUACUUUUAACUUUGGUGGUUUGCUAUGUUUUUCUUCACUUUUUAAGAUGUUAUGGAUGACUGUGUCUUGACUUUUUUUUAUAAUUGUAGUAUUUGAUGUCCUGAAUAUUUGUUCAUUGUACCUUGACACUAAUUUUAACUUUGAUGGUUUGCUAUGUUUUCCUUUAUUUUUUUAAAGUGUCUUGAAUAUUUGUUCCAAAUUAUGGUUUGAUGUGUUUCCAUAUUUCUAAUUUUAUAUUAUAGGAAUGGAUCAAAGAAUGAUCGCAUCUAGGGAACACAUUGAACAAAUGGAAAGGGAUGACACUGAUGCAGAAAUCAUGAUGUGUAUGAUGUUGUUGAUGAAAGCACGUGAUUCAUUAUACACUAGAGAGCCCAUACGAGAUAGUAAAUUGACAGGACCAGAGCGAGUGAGUGAGGUUCUAAACGGACAUGUAGACAGAUGCUAUGAACAGUAUAAAAUGGAACGCCAUGUCUUCCUCAACCUUGAAGCAUUAAUGCGACAACGUGGUUGGUUGGAAGAUAGUCGAUAUUUAAGAGUGGAUGAGCAGUUGGCAAUGUUUAUAUCUAUCGUUGGUCACAAUGAUAGGUAUAGAGACAUAGCAGAACACUUUCAGCAUUCUCUUAACACUAUAGGUGAACACUUUAAGAAAGUGUUACGUGCUUUCAUACUACUCGGACAAGAGAAUAUCAAACCUCCAAACUUCAGUCGUUGCCCUAAACAGAUUCUUGAAAAACCAAAGCUCUAUCCUUUCUUCAAGGACUGCAUUGGCGUGAUUGAUGGCACUCAUGUUAGUGCUUCUGUACCUCUAUCCAAACAAAUACCGUACAGAGGAAGGAAAUGAGAUACAACCUGGAAUGUUAUGUGUGCAUGUGACCUUGACAUGAAAUUCACUUCUGUGUACGCUGGUUGGGAGGGUUCUGUAAAUGAUUGUCGAGUAUUCAAUGAGGCAUUGAAUAACCCUAAAUUUGAAUUUCCUCAUCCUCCACCUGGUAAAUAUUUUGUGGUUGAUUCUGGUUAUCCAUCUACUACUGGGUUCUUGACGCCAUUCAAAGGACAAAGAUACCAUCUAAAUGAUUAUAGGAAUAGAC